UACGUUAGUUUCCUACUGUAAACCUGUAUCAGCAGUAGAAAGAAAGCGGUGGCUCGGAUAGACAGACAAGCGGUACUCUUUUAAAAUUCGGCAUAAAGCGCCGUUGAGGUAUAUAGUUACUAGUUAGAACAGUGAAGUGAAGUCACAUCAUGCAUUUUGUUGCUUAGUUGUGUCUUGGCAUUUGAGGUUCAGCUUUUUAUGAAAGUAAAUGCAGGUAUAGACUAGCUUCUUAAACAUGGCGGACUUAAGGCACUGGCAAUAUUUUUUAUUUGUGUCUUCGCUCCUGGUUGCCUUCGGAGUUGGUGUUAACGGUCGACAGCCCUACAUAUCGGAUGAGCAGCGCCUACACCAUCAUCUCAUAAAGGAAAGACGCUAUAGCAAGCUGUGCAGACCACCAGGAGAGCCUGACGUGCUAACUGUGAAGCUUGGUAUGCGACUGUCACAGAUUAUCGAUGUGUCGGAAAGAAAUCAGAUAAUAACAACUAAUGUGUGGUUAAGACAUGAAUGGAUAGACAAGCGGAUAAGAUGGGAUCCUACGGAUUUCGGGAACGUUACAUCCACGUAUUUCCCUAUUGAAGACAUAUGGCGCCCCGACAUUGUUCUGUAUAACAAUGCAGAUGGAGAUUUUGCCGUGACCCUUUUGAACAAAGCCUACGUCAGAUACACCGGACUUGUGAUUUGGGAGCCCCCAGCGAUUUACAAAAGUUACUGCCCGAUAAACGUCGAGUAUUUCCCAUUUGACGAGCAGGAAUGCUUCAUGAAAUUUAGCUCCUGGACUUUCAAUGGCAAAGAAAUUGAUCUACGACACAUUGCGGAAAAAGACAGAGGUGUGAGUUUAGAAAAUAAUCAAACGUUUAUUUCACUGGGAGUUGACCUAUGCGAAUAUAGCCAACACGUGGAAUGGAACUUAAUAAAUGUCACUGCCAAGAGAAACGUCAAGUUAUACCCUUGUUGUCCCGAUGCUCCAUAUCCAGAUAUAACCUUCUACAUAACACUACGACGAAAGACCUUAUUUUAUACAAUAAAUCUUAUAAUGCCUAUAAUGGCUAUUUCUUUGCUGACUGUUCUAGUAUUUUACUUGCCAUAUGAAUCUGGGGAAAAAAUAACAUUGUCUAUAUCAAUCUUUCUAACGUUGACUGUGUUUUUCCUUUUGCUGUCUGACAUGAACCCGCCAACCUCCUUGGUGAUACCGUUGCUAGGAAAAUACCUUCUGUUCACAAUGAUCGUUGUGACGUUGUCAAUAGUUCUUACUGUCACUACCUUGAGCAUAUACUUCCGAUCGCCAUCGACUCACAAGAUAACAGUUUGGCAACAACGGGUGUUUACGGAAAUUCUUCCUCAAGUUCUGUGCAUGAAAAGACCAAAUCAUCAAGAUAAAAACAUAUCCGACCUGAUGGAUGAAAUAAUCAAAGAAAGUAAAGAGAAAAAGAAAGAAAAAGAAAAGAUGACCAAUAAUUUACGACCUUCCACACCCGAAAGAAAAAUCGUCGUUCCAGGUCCUAAAUCAUCACUCACAAUAUAUCCAGAGAAUAUUAAGGCUUCUCUUAAAGCUGUGAGACUUAUCGCAGAUCAUCUCAAGAAAACAGAUGACGUAAAGAAGGAAAUGCUUGACUGGAACUAUAUUGCCAUGGUGCUGGAUCGGCUAUUUCUUAUGAUCUUCACGUCAGCCUGUGCCGUUGGUUCGAUUGCAAUCUUUCUGAACGCUCCUUCUAUUCACGACCCAAAGUUGCCCUUAUCUCAUAGGGAUUUCAAUUGCAGUCAGUUCAGAUAGUUGUGUUUUGACGCGUGAGUUUUUUUUUGCAAUUUUAUUUCAUCGCGUCUGUACAGCAGUUAUGUAUAUAUAUGAUAGUGAAUGUUUUAUUAUGCAAACAGAUUUGUUUUUCUAUAAAAUUAUCAGUUAUUUAUAUUAAAUUUCACUUACAAAAAAGUGUAACUGUAAUUUUAUUUUAACACUAGGUUGAAAUUUCAUUGUCGCUAUAAUAAACAUACUGUUUUU